AUGGCUGACGAGUUUCUCUCUUUGUGGCCUCUCAGCCCGCCAUUGUUCCCCAACAUCAGCGGACACAAUCCAUUCACUCCACCUCCUCUACAAUCAUUUUUUCCUAACACCGGCAGACCAAGUAAUGCCGACUACAGUCUAAUCCCGCCACCUAUUCACGACACAAAUGAGUCACAACAAAUGAAACUCAUAACACCACCGUUAACGGUGCAAGUCACUAACGGACUACCCCCGCUCAUGCACACGUCCGCAACCCCGACGAAUAACGCCGCUAGUGGCCCAGGUGUUGCUUUCCAAGCACAAAGCUACCCAUCCUUAGUGACAGGAGCCAUGCCGACACCGCCAUUCACACCAUACCAGCAACUCCCCAUUCCCCACACGUUUUCCACCCCGUUCCAACCAUAG